AUGGAAGCUGAUCUUUCCUGUGCUGUCUGCCAUGAUCUGUAUAAGGAUCCUGUCUUACUCGACUGUGAUCACAGCUUCUGUCGAUCCUGUGUGACCCAGUACUGGGAGAAAGCGGACACUGCCAGCUGUCCUGUCUGUAGAAAGGAGACUUCCUCCAGGACCCUGAGAGCCCACCGCAUUCUCUCCAACAUCGUGGAGACAUUUGUGAAAAGUGGUGGAGGUGGUGAAAUUCAGCAGGAAUGCAGCCGACACAAGGAGAAACUGAAAUUAUUCUGUAAAACUGAUAAUCAACUCAUCUGUCACAUUUGCCAGUCUUCAAAAAGUCAUCAAAAUCACGAGGUGCUGCCAGUGGAAGAAGCUGCUGAAGAGUUUAAGGUGACAGAGGGCUAUGGCCAGAACUUGGUCAAACAGGGAGAGGUUUAUCCUCCUGAGACAGAGGGAGAGAGAGAGACAAAGAGAUUUUGGGAGAACAUUCCAGAAGCUCAGGUCCUGGCUGCUAAAGGUGUGGUCACCAAUGUGGGGAGUGAUGAAAAUCGGGAAUGUUCAGAAUUUGACGAGAUUGUGAGGCUGAAGGAGAUUCCAGAGAAAUGGGGAAGACAAGGUAUUGGGUGUCAGCCCUGGAUUCAGAUGGAGGCAGCUGAUAUAAAUGAAAUCCAGCUUGUGUGUAAAUCCACAGGAUGGUUCCCUGAACCAAAAAUCUACUGGUUUAGGGAGGAUGAAAAUAAUUUAAUACAAGCUGAAACAAGAGCGCAUCUGGACUCUGUAGGUCGUGUUGACAUCCAAAGCAACAUUGUAGUAACAAGACAAUCGUCAAACAGGUUUACAUGUCGUGUACAAAAUGUACAUCUGAAAACCGAACAACAAGUAACAAUCAGGAUAUCAGGUGAUAUCUUCCCUUCUGUUCCUGUCUGGGUGGCUCCAUUACUUGUGACCAUUUGUCUUCUAAUUGGAGCCAUUUCUGCUUUGAUUUAUUGGAAUGUGAAACAACAACCACACAUGAAAGAUCUUGAACUUUGGAAAUUUAUCAUCAAACAUGAGUGGAAGAGAAUUUGUGAGUGUAAAGUAUCUGUGACCCUGGAUCUGGAAACAGCGAAUCCCCGGCUUGAAGUUUCUGAGGAUCUGAAGAGUUUGAGACAGACCUGGACCUGGAGGAGUCUCCCUGACACCGAGAAGAGGUUUACAGUCUGGGACUGUGCCCUGGGAUCAGAGGGAUUCACAUCGGGGAGACAUUACUGGGAGGUGGAGGUGGGGGGGAAUCGAGUCUGGAAUCUGGGAGUAGCGUCAGAGUUUGUGGAGAGGAAGAAAUGGGUCAGUCUGAUCCCGGGGAAUGGAUUCUGGACCAUGGGGUGGGAUGAGGAUCAGUUUUACAUAAACUACUGUCCUCAAUCCCCUCUCCCUGUCAGUCAGAUCCCCAGGAAGGUGGGAGUUUAUCUCAGUUAUGAAUCUGGGACGGUUUCAUUUUACAACGUGGACACCAAGUGCAAUCUCCACACCUUCACUGGGAAUAAAUUCACUGGGAAACUUUAUCCUUUCUUCAGGACCCGGGAAUUAAACCUGUUUCUGAGAAUCAGCUGUUAAAGGGGCGGGGCCUCCCUGACGUCACAAUGACCCCCGGGUUUCGGGUCUGGGUCAGGGAUUGGGGUCAGAAAAGUGUCAUUACAUUUCCAGAUUAUACUUUGUAAAAUCACAAUCAGACUGUAAAUAAAACCAACACCAGUAUAAAUGUUGGAGAGUGAUGAUGAAAA